CCGAACCGGCACCAAGUGAAUUGCCACCUCGUGAAAUUCGUUCGUUUCGCAUCGGGCCAAAGUAAAGUGGUUGCAUAUUGCCGGGACGUUUUGUAUUUGUGCGGUGUUUUGCGAUGGAAUCAGUGAAACGAGCCAACCAACGUCUUCGCAGUUAUCCACUGUUGAUGGCGAAGUGCUCAGUUGCAGCAGCGACUUACGCUACGUGCGUAACAACCGAUCUUAAUGUAGCGCAUCGCUCUUGCGAUAAGGAGUUUCACAACUUCAAAGAGUGCAUGCGGAAAGCCGCUAUCGAAAUGAAAACAAAACUAUAGAGAGGUGACACAAACAGCUAACAAACAUAGAACGAGCUUAGAUAACGAAAACCGAAGAUACACUAACCCAAAAUAGCUGUAGUUGCAUAUAAAACUGAACCACAAACGA